CCCACAUCCCCACCCAGGGAACCCCACCCAGGGAACCCCACCCAGGGAACCCGACCCAGCUCCUGCGCUUGAGGUCUGUUCGUCUUUCCGCGUCUAACGCGCCGGGUGGUCCUCAGCUCGUAGCUGAAGGUGCGGCUCUUCCGCCGGAGUCCUCUUCGUGCCAUCCAGAACCCAGAUAUCUGGGAGCAGGACCGAGGAGAUGAGGGCCACCUUCACCACUUCAGAUGGGUAAACUCGCCUUGGGCAGGAGAGAGGACUUGAUUAUCUUGGUUUUAAAAACCACACACCAGGUUAAGUACAGACCUCUGCUUCUUUGGGAUUCAUAGACUGAAGUUGACGUCCUUUCGCUGGUGAGAUGGAGACACUGAAAGGACACAAAAAGGGACAGAGCCUUGCUGAAGUCACACAGCAAGUCAUUUGCAGAGCUAGGACUUGUACCCAGCUCUUCCAGACUCAUCCAGACUAUUAGACUGGUCCCCUUCUUUGCGCAGAUUGUUGGACCACGUAAUCUUAAAGGAUGAAGACUAGCAGCUGUCAUUUUUUUAAGCAAAUGCUAUGUGCUAGGCACUGUGCUAGGUACUUUACUUGGCUUCGUUUUAAAACAACACUGCAAGUUAGGAAAUGUUAUCUCCAUUUUACAGGUGAAAUUUCUUUGAAAGCAGUGUAGUGCUGUGCAAGGAACUAUUUAUUUUACCAUGGUUUUACAGUUUGGAAAAGCCUUCUGACCCAGAAAUCACUAAGAGCUAUUCCAAAAUAGAAUGACAUAGGGAAUGCACUCAAGCAAGCUUGGCCUGAAAGUAGAAAGUGGGAAGAAAGUUAUGGACCAGUUGCAUUGAGGAAUGAAGAGCUGCUGUGUGUUUUCAUCAAUCUGAUUGACUUGCUCAGGGAGGCUGAAACAUCUGUCUCCAGAAAUGUCUUUGAAAAAUGAAGAGCAAAAUGACCUUUCACCCAAGGACUCAGUUAAAGGAAAUGACCAGUACAGAGCUCCAUCUGGGAUCCAUGUGGAGCAUGAAGAGGAAUCACGUAAUGACUUCUGGCAGUUUGAGUCCAGUAAUUUUUUUAGACACCCUAGGAUCCAUUUGGAGCCUCAAGAGAAAUCAGAUAAUAACUUCAAGAAGUUUGUUAUCAAAAAACUAGAGAAGAGUUGCCAGUGUAGUUCAACCAAAGCCAAAAAUACCAUUUUUGGUUUCCUUCCUGUUUUGCAGUGGCUCCCAAAAUAUGAUCUGAAGAAAAACAUUUUAGGAGAUAUGAUGUCUGGCUUGAUUGUGGGCAUCUUAUUGGUGCCCCAAUCCAUUGCUUAUUCUCUCUUGGCUGGCCAAGAACCUAUCUAUGGUCUGUACACAUCUUUUUUUGCCAGCGUCAUUUAUUUCAUUUUGGGUACCUCCCGUCACAUCUCUGUGGGCAUUUUUGGAAUACUGUGCCUUAUGAUUGGUGAAGUAGUUGACCGAGAACUAUACAUAGCUGGCUAUGACACUGUCCAUGCCGCUUCAAAUGAGAGCUCAUUAGUAAACCAGAUGUCAAACAAGACAUGUGACAGAAGUUGCUAUGCAAUUACAGUUGGCAGCACUGUAACCUUUGUGGCUGGAGUUUAUCAGGUAGCGAUGGGCUUCUUUCAAGUGGGCUUUGUCUCAGUCUACCUCUCCGAUGCCUUGCUGGGUGGGUUUGUCACUGGUGCCUCCUUCACUAUUCUUACAUCUCAAGUCAAGUACCUCCUUGGACUCAGCCUUCCUCGGAGUGGUGGAGUGGGAUCACUUAUCACUACUUGGAUACAUAUCUUCAGAAACAUCCAUAAGACCAAUAUCUGUGAUCUCAUCACCAGCCUUUUGUGCCUUUUGGUUCUUUUGCCAACCAAAGAACUCAAUGAGCGCUUCAAGUCCAAGCUUAAGGCACCGAUUCCUGUUGAACUCUUUGUUGUUGUGGCAGCCACAUUAGCCUCUCAUUUUGGAAAACUCUUUGAGAAAUAUGGCACCAGUAUUGCUGGGCAUAUUCCCACUGGGUUUAUGCCACCCAAAGCACCUGACUGGAACUUAAUUCCUAGAGUGGCUGUAGAUGCAAUAGCUAUUGCUAUCAUUGGGUUUGCUAUCACUGUAUCACUUUCUGAGAUGUUUGCCAAGAAACAUGGCUACACAGUCAAAGCUAAUCAGGAAAUGUACGCUAUCGGCUUUUGCAAUAUCAUCCCUUCCUUCUUCCACAGCUUUACUACUAGCGCAGCUCUUGCAAAGACACUGGUGAAGGAAUCCACAGGCUGUCAAACUCAGGUUUCUGGUGUGAUGACAGCUCUGGUUCUUUUGUUGGUCCUCUUGGUCAUAGCUCCUUUGUUCUUCUCCCUGCAGAAAAGUGUGCUUGGUGUGAUCACUAUUGUAAAUCUCCGGGGAGCCCUAUGUAAAUUUAAGGAUCUGCCCCAGAUGUGGAGGAUUAGCAGAAUGGACACAGUUAUCUGGUUUGUUACUAUGCUGUCCUCUGCAUUGAUCAGUACUGAAAUAGGCCUGCUUACUGGGGUUUGUUUUUCUAUGUUUUGUGUUAUCCUCCGCACUCAGAAGCCAAAGGCUUCAUUGCUUGGCUUGGUGGAAGAUUCUGAAGUCUUUGAGUCCAUGUCUGCCUACAAGAACCUUCAGGCCAAGUCAGGCAUCAAGAUUUUCCGCUUUGUGGCCCCUCUCUACUAUGUAAACAAAGAAUAUUUUAAAUCUGUCUUAUACAAAAAAACUCUCAAUCCAGUCUUAGUAAAAGCAGCUCAGAGGAAGGCAGCAAAGAAAAAGAUCAAAAGGGAAACGGUAACACUCAGUGGAAUCCAGGACGAAGUUUCAGUGCAACUUUCCCAUGAUCCCUUAGAGUUCCAUACAAUAGUGAUUGACUGUAGUGCAAUACAGUUUUUAGAUACAGCAGGGAUCCAUACACUGAAAGAAGUUCGCAGAGAUUAUGAAGCUAUUGGCAUCCAGGUUCUGCUGGCUCAAUGCAAUCCCUCUGUGAGGGACUCCCUGGCCAGGGGAGAGUACUGCAAAAAGGAUGAAGAAAACCUUCUCUUUUAUAGUGUAUAUGAAGCCAUGACUUUUGCAGAAGACUCUCAGAAUCAAAAAGAGAGAUAUGUUCCCAAUGGUCCAAGUUUUUCCAGUGAUUGAGAAGGUAGAUGGAAGGAAGAAUCCCAUCUAGCCAAUAGGUUAAAAUUCAAGUGUGUAGCAUUUUAUACUGUGGAACUGGAAAUUGCUGCACACAAGAAAUUUUAACCUUGAGGCUAAGCAGAAUUCUUCCUUUGAAGUUGAUGGCCUUUGUAAAUACACAAAUGGAGCAGAGCUUUUAGUUAGGCAGAAUCAAAAAAAGAAAAUGUGGUUUUAAGUUUUCUCUCAAAUAUGGGAUAUUCUUGGAAUUAAAUAUCUGUUGAACUGUAAAGUAGCCCCAAACUUAAUUACCAUCCUGUUUUAGGAGAUAGGCAUCUGAACUUUUGCUUCUUCAGGAGGUAAAGGGGUAAAGCUGGCAUGUAUAUGAGAGGAGCUGGAGCCUGUUUGGCAUGGCUCUUUGGAGAGAGAGGAGAAAGGAAGUAGGGAAAGAAUGUAUGUCUUCUCUUGUAACAGCAAGUCAAGAAGCUUCUGGAGUGCAGGGUAGUAACUAGACAAGCUUGUUCUUACUUGAGCUUCUCUAUCCCCUGUCUUUGCUCUCCAGAUGGCAGUCGGAUCUCUGGCUUUUUACAGGAAAGUAUCGUUCCUCUCUGGCACAGUCUUAUCAGGAGUCCGAUGGCAGAGCAGGUUUGUGAAACCCUAGCAGCCAGUCCCACAUUAUACAGAACGCUUGUGGUGUGAUACAUUUGAUGUUUUCAGUCAGCCUUUUUGUUUAGGGUAAGUAGGUGAGAAAAGAGCUCUUCAUGCCAGUCAACAUAGUGAGAAUCCUCCCUGUCUUUUCUGUGAUUCCUGUCUGUCCUUGUUUCUGAGUAUUAAUUAAGCUCUGUUUUAACUUUCAUGUAGUGUGUUUCCCAUGGAAUCUGUUCUAAACCUCUAUGUCUGAUUGCCAGUGAUUGACAAGUUUGCCAGAGAAAAGGCACAGUGCUGACUUGGCAAUUUCAUGUAGCUUUUUAAGUGACCUUGAGGCAAACUGUUCCGGACAGAUUGCAAAAAAGGAAUGAUUGACAGCUUCCUUUAAAAAUCUGUUUAUUUAGUAGUGAAUUUUUCUUUCCUUCCCAUGUUUAGCAAGUCAGCUGGGAAUUGACAGUCUUUCUCAUGUUUGAGAAGCUGCUAUUCAUUUUUACUCUGUAAGAAAAAAUUUAUUGUGACCAAUGGAGAAAAAUGCACAGAAGUGACAGAAUGCUUCCAAAAGAACAUCAGUAAUUAUAGAUGUUUUAGUGAAAACAAAGCUAAUGCUUACCGCUAUGCACCCUGUUGAUGUAUAAUAAACACUGAGACAGUGACCACUUUUUGCUUUAUGGGCCACCUAAAACUAUUGUGUAAAAGGAUUUAGAAGCAUCAUAUUCAUACAACCCAGGUUCUGGGGAUGUACUAUUUAUCAUACCUGGUCACUAGUUGUGGUACAGAAAUAUUUCCUUUGGAAAAGUAUGUCCAACCUUGAAAGCUUAUAGUUCUGUAUCUGGACCUUUAUGGGUGAGGGAAAAAAACAGAUUUUCCAAACUUAGGAUUAGGAAAAUGGUUUAUAUGAGACUGAAACAUUUAGCACACCAUUUUAAACAAACGAGAUAAAAACUACAAAAGUGCAAAAUCAUUUUUAACCCAUUCCUACAUUCUAAACAAUGUGUUUAUGAGAAACAAACUAUAACACAUCUACAGAAGUGGGAGACUUUUAAACAUCUUUCUUGUUGGCUCCAUAAACUGCAAGUGUUGAUUUUCUGAUAGAGCUCUGCCCAUCAGUUUACAUGAAAAACACCUUUCUAUCAUUAAAACAAAGCAGUUUCUCAGGAGCUAGAUUUCUCUCUGUGAGGUGAUUGACAUCAUGAUUAAAUGUAAUAGUGUCCUUAGAGUUUUGACAUCCUUUUAGAACUUAAGUCUUGAAUUGCAGAAAUGUUAACUGCUGUUUGUAUUUGUGUCUCUCUUGUUUAUUGUUUGUAGCAAAUAUUUGCUCUGUCUUUCUAGUCUUAGACGAAAAGGAAUAGUAAAAUCAAAGUAUCUUGGUUGUCAUUUGUUUUCAACCCGGUCUUGUACCUUACCCGAGCCAAGUUUGAGUCCAGAUCGUGGUAAAUACCUAAUGCCAUGUGACAGAGUAAUGAGUACCUGUUCAAGAUGACUUUAUAAUUUAGCAGACCUUACCACGGGGGAAUUAGAAAAGAAAAGAUUCCAAAGAAUUUAGAAAAUCUCUUAAAAGAACAGAAUGACAGGCUUUGACCUUUACCUCCCAUUUCUGCCCAAAAUGUAGAUAUAAACAGUUCUGGAACUUUAUGCAAGUAGCAGAUUCUUGAAUCUGUGUUCUGGUUUGCUUUUCUCCUACCUACCCGACUGAACAAGAGAUUCUACUUUUGGAAGCCAUUUGUAAAAAUACUGAAGAUACACUAGAAUUUAAAUCUUACCUUGUCUGCUUGGAUUGAAAUCUGCCUGUACUUUCAUGUUAAGAUUUUUUGAUUGCUGGUAUUUAAAGGAAUCAAGCCUAUAACCAAAGCCAAAGGAAUCUGCUUUCUUGCUCAAAGGUUUGGUUGAUUUAGUUGAUGAGGUGAUAUUUUACACACUUUAUUGACACAAAAAUGUCUUGCUUACUCUGAACUUUAGAGUCUAACUGACGCAUAUUUGUAUUGCUUAUUGAUGAAUGUACAAAAUUCUGAAUAUCUUAAAAUGGUAAUUUAAUUGAAAUAUAUGUACACUCUUGAUGGUUAAAACUCAUACACCCAGAGGGGUAGAGUUCACCUAGAGUCAAAGGGUAACAUUCAAGAGAGAGGUGAAGGGAAUAGACUAUUAAAAAGAUGAUCUCUGACCAAGCAAGGGAGAUGAGGGCCUCAGAUGAAUAGGAUUCAACCCCUGGUUAGCUUCAGACAUGACUGUCUAUAAGAAGGGAGACCAGGAUUAAGAGCCACAGCUUAGUUUGAGAGCAGACUCAGAACUGGAUUCUGCUUCUAGAAGGGGAGUGCACAGAUUCGCCAAAGUGAAAGAGCCGGUAGCCAAGGUUGAGGCCAAAGCCAGGGUUGACCUACUGUAGAUACUCUAGAUUGAGUGACUGUAGCCUCUGAUAUCAGUAAAACUGAAAGAUGUCUAGUUAACUUUUUUAAGGAGCAAAGGAAAACAAAAUUUGGAUAAACUGAAAUAGCUUUUAAACAUCAGUAGACACUGAAGCCAAAUUUACUGGUAAAUUUAUAGCAUGGUAAAUGGUGAUCUUUAAACUGUCAGUAUAUUAGAUGAGUUCAUCAGACUAUUCUAAUGUUAUGACCACAUUUUAACAAGAAAAAUAAUUCUCUGCAGGGGUAUUCUGUUAGUAAUUUGUCACUUAAGAACAUGGUGUUAGCCCUGAGCUUAAUAUAAAAGUGAGAACAGGGUUGUAGUGAAUUUUUUGGAAACUUAAAGCUAGAGGUUAUAACGAUAAAUUCAAGCUUUGUGCUCCAUAGUCACGUUCUUGUUUUCCUCUAUGUAUUCCUAUAGAUGAGCCAUAACAUCAACGUAGACAGUACCUCAGAUACUUCCUGAGGACCUAUGUUUAGGGCGCGGGCCAGGUGCUGGGACUUAAAUACUAAAUCCAGUAGGUGGGCUAUAUGCUAACUCUUCUAGUAACACACGGCAGCACUUGGAGGUGCUUUAUGGAGGGCCUAAGCUGAACCUGGACUGAUGUCUGAGUGGGAAGGCAGGCAACUGAGGCAAACAAGGACACCCCUGUUCUGCUCAAGGGAUGAUUGCACAGUGACAAGGUAAGAAUCCAAUCGAUAGGAUUCAGACUUUUAAUUUUUCUGUUCUUUGAUGUUUCUCUUUUUUUCCUCUACUGUUUUAUCUGUUCUAGUGGAUGCCUUAUUUGAAACUGUGCUUUAAGGACUGUGAAAAGGAAGAAAUUAGAUCUAGAAAGCUUUUAGGCUAUGAACUAAUUAGGCUUUUUUUUUUCUUGUGGUAUAAAGAUUUUAGAAAUCAUGAAUGGAAUCAUUCAAGUGCUAAUAACAAGAAUGAAAAUUAUGCAGUAGGCCAAAAUAAUAUACCAACUAGUUUAUUAUCAUAGCCUAUUAUCAUUAUUAAAGUAAAAUAGUUUUGAAAUACUAUAUACGAUUUUAGGUUUUUAAAAAAGAUGUUAGUAACUUUAAAAUGGAGAAUUUAAACGUAUAAGUGAGGGAAAUUUAUUUCUAUAAGGUAAUUUUUUUCUUGACAAGGACUAUUUUUUAAACAAGUGUUUUGCACUUGAAAUUUUAAAGUAAACAUGUUAAUACAGUUAGGAAAGUAAAAUAAGCAUUAUACCAAAUAGUAGACUUUUUUCUGGUGUGUAUUUUUCUCCUAGUGAUGUAAAAUUGGAAGGAGAUAUUAAAUUAUGAAAACUGGAAUAAUGAAGGACACUAGAUGCCUACAUUGGAGCCACCACCUUUAUAAAUCUACAUUGGAACUUUGAAUAACCUUUCUUGGACCUGAAUUAUGACUCUGAAAUUGGCCAAAUAAUUGUAAUCUUACUAAAAAUACCAAUGACAGAAUUUCUAACAAAGGGUUUUUACUAGGCAAACAGACAAGCAUCCUUAGGCACAAAGGAUCUCUAACUGCAGUUUAAAGAAACUUAUUUUAGGAAAGUUUUCUUCCCACACCCCAAUCCCCAUCCCUAAAAAAUUACUUGGAAUGAAACUGCUCUUGCCUUUUCAAUUCAAAUCAGUUGGAGUUACUAUUUGAGUUCUGGUGCUGCCAUGAUUCAUCAAAUUAGUGUGAACAAACCAAUCUAUAUAAAAUGCUACCUUUUUUGGUCUCCUUUCAGUUUGGUAUACAAAUCAAGACAAUAUUAGGAUUAGAGCUGAAUGAACUUAAAUUCUGAGUCUUGUCUAUUCACUAAAACAGUAUACUGCUUUUUUUUUUUUCCAGUUUAUUCAAGGCUAAUGACUUUUGGGAAUGUGUUUUAUACCAUGUAUGUAUAUCUGUUUAAACAAAACAAGUGCGCUGAUGCUACUCCACAUAAAUUAUGCUUAAUCCUCCAUGGAUUGAGGAUGAGUUAUUGAUGGAUUACAGCCUAUUUCAAGAGAGGGGGGGAAUUGGUUAAUAGCAGCUCCUUUUCUUCUGGGAUCUGUUUGUGAUGAUUAUUAAUAAGAUCCUGUAUGUGUUGAGAUCUAGAGGUGUCAUUUGUUUGCUAAUAAAUUGUUAUGCUAAUAAAAUAUUACUGUGUAUAAAUUA